GUUCGGAUCCCAAGUCCCAGCCACCUUUAUAAACCCCGUACGUUGAUCCCUUCCUUCAUCAGAUCAUUCUUUCACCGAUUAAAAGAUCACUUCUCAUUCCUCUGCUUUUUCUAGCAUCCGCUCAUCACUGAACACCCUUUCAAUAUCCAAUGGCGUAUCAAAGAGCUGGAAUGGCCCUGGCCUUGGCCCUGUUUCUGUUUGGCAUGAUCUGGACAAGCGCCACCGCCCAAUCAACUGACUGUACCAAUGUGAUAAUCAGCAUGUCUCCUUGCCUCAACUACAUCCAAGGCAACUCCUCAACCCCUUCUUCUGGGUGUUGCACGCAGCUGAGCAGCGUCGUUCGUUCACAGCCGCAGUGCUUGUGUCAGGUCCUCAAUGGAGGUGGCUCCUCCCUCGGGCUCAACAUCAACCAAACUCAGGCCCUCGAACUACCCAAAGCUUGCAAAGUCCAGACUCCACCCACCAGCCAAUGCAAUGCUGCUUCUCCUGCUCAAUCUCCUGCUACUGAGACCCCUGGCAAUCCUAGCUCAGAACCUGCAGGACGUGGAUCUAACUCUGUACCAUCAACAAACAGCGGCUCCUCUGAUGCAACUUCGACCAAGUUGGCUGCCCCUCUACUGUUCUUCCUUCUGUUCGUUGCAUCAUAUGCUUCAACCUUCACCUUGUCGGCCUGAGUUCUCCAGCAAUCAUCAGCCUGCCACUGGCCAUCUCCGAAAUCCAUUCUGGGUUAGGGUCAGGGGCCCAGUUUGGCGAGAUUAGGUUGAUAUUAACUGCGCUUGCGCUUUUCCGUUUUCUAGUCCAUUAUAAGUUAUUCUUUCUCCGACCUGUUUUAUGGGUCACCAUGAUUUUGUAUUUAGAUUCCGUAUCUGUACGAAUACAUGAAUAAAACAGGAUGAUUUUUGGCUUUUAA